AUUUUGCAACACCAACAAAAAUAUUGCCGGUUAGUACCCGUAAACAUGUACCAAGAGCACAUAUUUUAAUAGAACAAAGUGUACGUUACUAGUGAAUUUUUGCAUAUUGGAGAGCCAUAAUAGUGAGGAUCUAUGCGAUAAAACCAUAUCGUCUGUAGGAAAAAGUAUACAACACGCAAUGUCCGACAGUAAUGUAUUGGUGUUGGACAACGGUGCAUUGUAUGCAAAAAUUGGCAUGUCGGAUUGGAGCAAACCGAAGACCGUUCCGAAUUGCAUAACGAAGGCCAAAUCCGAACGGAGGCGCCCAUUCAUCGGUAGCCAGAUCGAAGAAUGCCGCGAUGUUUCCGGUCUGUUCUAUAUCUUGUGCUUCCAGCGGGGCUAUUUGGUUAACUGGGACAUCCAGAAAACGGUGUGGGAUUACAUGUUUAACAAUGAAUGCUGUCCGGUUAAUUUUGCUGAUACGCCGCUUUUGAUCACUGAGCCGUUGUUCAAUUUCCAAUCCAUUCAAGAAGCGAUGUUGGAAAUUUUGUACGAAGAAUACGAGUGCGAUGCGGUCUGCAAAACCAACUCCGUAGACUUGAUUGCGUUUAAUUACACACACGGUGAGGAUAAGAAGAAACCUUUGUGUUGCGUUGUGGUGGAUAUGGGAUACAGUUUCACCCACAUCGUCCCAUUCAUAAAAGGAACGAAGGUCAAAAAUGCUAUACGGAGAAUAGAUGUCGGAGGAAAGAUGUUAACGAAUCAUUUGAAAGAAAUCAUUUCCUAUCGGCAGCUGAACGUGAUGGAUGAAUCGUAUGUAAUUAAUCAGGUUAAGGAAGACAGUUGCUUCGUAUCGCAAAAUUUCAACGAGGACAUGAUCACUGGGAGGAAACGCUAUCCAGAAAACAGUAUAAUCAGAGAAUAUGUUCUCCCAGAUUAUACUCAAAUUCGGAGAGGUUUUCUGCGAAAGUUGGACCCAAACAACGAUUCAAAUGACGAAUUACAAACGUUACGAUUGAACAACGAAAGGUUUGUCAUACCCGAGAUUCUAUUCCAUCCAUCCGACAUCGGAAUUCAGCAGAUGGGAGUAGCAGAGGCAAUUGUACAUGCUAUCGAUGCGUGUCCCGAUGAAACGAAGCCACAUCUGUUCAACAAUAUUGUAGUUUGUGGAGGUAGUGCCUUGUUUUGCGGAAUGCAGUCACGAAUACAGAAUGAUGUCAGAGCAUUGGCGCCAGAUGAAUUCAGCGUCAGCGUGACUGUGCCGGAAAACCCGAUUACGUAUGCGUGGUAUGGAGGACAACAGUACUCGCAAUCACUUAGUUUUCUCAAGUCCUGCGUAAGUCGUGCUCAAUACGAAGAGAAUGGAGUCAAAUAUUUGGUUGAGAAAUAAGAAAACUAGAGACUCAAGGUGGCAAAUGCAGGUAGUCAUUAGGCAAAUUUUUUCAAAGACAGAAAUUCGGUUCGUAAGACAGUUGAGCACGGCGUUUAUUUCUAUUGAUCAUAUAGGGGUCAUUUAGGGCGAUCAAUUUGUAUGUAUCAUUAACGUUUGCUAUGCUGCAGUGCUUGGAUUCUAGAAUAUGGUCAAAAUAAUAUAACAAACACAAUUAUCUAAAA